UAGUGUUUAUAAGUAUCCAGGCCUGCGUCACAUGUGUCGGUUGAUCCGAGACCAAUCACCAUCGAAGCUCUGAACACUUACCUGCAACGUCGCAACUUGUGGGCAGUGGAGACCAAUAGCUCGUUGCCAUGUCACAGACGUUUCUUCAGUUUUGAAGAUAAUUAUAUCCCAGCCAAAAACAUCCCGCGGACGACGGGGAUGGCGGGUUCUAACCUGUGACCAAAAAGAUGACAGUUCAGAGAACAAACAACACGACCAGUGGACCGAGAAGGAGUGAACGACCUAGAGUGUUGCUGACCUUCUAAACUGAUAGCCUUGUCUCGUUUCCUCGCUUCGGUCCAAUGCACAUAUUGCACGAUAGCAUGACCUUGCUGACAGUGAAGUUUCUGCAAGUCUUUUGCAUGCCUCUGUAUCAUGUAUUGUUUUUUUCGGUAAUUUUCUUUGUUAAUAUUUUAAAAAUAUAAAGGAUUAAUCUAUUUACUAAUAAAAUUUUGUUAUAUAAAGGAAACAAGAUAGUGAUUUUCAUUAAAGUUGAAAAAUCUAAAUCGCUUUAUUGUGUUCUUACUUGAAUGUCGUAAUUGUUUGGUGUUAGUAGGCUACUUCAGUGUGUGCAAUGUAUGGUUAAUUCGCCUUGAGAUAAUCUCGUUUCCGACUUGCCAACCUUAGUUCUAAAAAAAAUAUACUUAGAAAAUUUCGAGGCUCAUAGUUUGAUCAUGUAAUUAGAUGCUGAAUGAAAUUCUGGAUAAUGGAAUUAUGUUGGAUCUACAAAUCAGCCAACUGUUAUUAAAAUGGAAAGAUUUCAAUGCCGAGUUGGAUAAUCGUCAUCAUCUCAAAGGGAUUGUUUAACAACAGAUAAGGUUAUAGUGAUCAUUUCUUGAGUCGUCCAGCGGGUCACCCUAUAAUGAACAUUCUGUUUGAUGCUGGAUGGCCGUCCACAGUAAUGUUAGUCAUACUGCUUGAGUUGUCCAGUACCAUGUCGCAGCAGUCAGACGACUGUCCAGAUGGUUGGUUUGAACAUAAUGGUCAGUGCUAUCAUUUUUACAUUCACUCGGAUAAAAACGUUCAGGAAGCGACCAUCUACUGUGGCCAGUUGUACUCUAGUCUGGUCAGUGUCAACAAUCAAGGGGAACAUGCCUUCAUUCAGAACUGGCUGGACAUUCAUGACGUAGCCAGACAAAAGUGGUUUACCAGCGGCAUCAGGGACGACUCAGGGGCGCUACUUUGGGACUCCUCUGGAGAAGGUAUCACGACUGACUUCUUUCCUGAUUCUCAGAUACGGGACCAAAAGUUGAAAGACCCAGUGACUGGGCUGCAGAUCAACGUAAUAGUUUACACAUUUUCCGAAUCAUUAAAUCAUUACAUGUGGUCCUGGGGUCAGCAGUUGGUUGAUGGCCCCUUCAUCUGUGAGUUGAGUAAGAGCGAUACAUGGCAAUUGUAUCAAUCACAGAGAGAUUAUUCUUAUGGAAACCUGGAUGAGCAUCCCAGCUCUUGGGAAAUGGGACCCAAUAUCACGUUGUUAUCAGGAGACACAAUUUUCUAUGAAUUUGGGGACACUAUUACCACAAUUGUUUUGGAGUGCCAGGCUACGGGAAAUCCCGCUCCCACGUACAGGUGGUUCAGGAAACAGAACUCAUUAAUGAGUGAUGAGGAAAUAAGUUCAGAGUCUAACCCUCGCUACUCCAUAAGCAACGGACGUUUGACUAUAGUUAAGCCUGACAGAGUGAUCGAUGCCGGCGUAUACACAUGUGAGGCUUCAAAUAAAUUUGGAACGGUACUCUCCAACCCAGUCGAGCUGAUUUACGGAUAUUUAGGACAAUUUUCUAACGUCAAACCAAGUACAGUGGACGCUGUCCUCUAUAUGGGCAUAGAUUUAAACUGUCCAAUCCCGCUACACAACACAGGGUUGUCUUACAACUGGUACAAAGCAGAUGUCCAGUUCCUAAGGCCGGAGUUCAAUCCUCAGUAUUUUCUCUCAAGGAAUGGUCAUCUGUAUAUCUCUGAGGUUCAAGCCUCUGACCAAGAGGAGUACUACUGCCUGGUGGUCAUGGCUCCAGGGCCUGGUCAAGUACUGUCCGGAGAACAGCCUCCGUCUCGGACGUCCCUGGGUACAAGUAUGAACAUCAGGGGAGAAAAUGCCAACACAUACGGACCAGAUAUACAGAACAAGUUCCCUCAAGUGUUCCCAGAGGUUCCAAUGGUAGGAGACGACAUUUACAUAGAGUGUUUGGCUUUCGGGAGGCUACCGCUGGAGUACCGAUGGAUCAGAGAAGGUGGUCAGAUGAAUCCGAGCUCCUACCUGCUAGACCACAAUCGUGUUCUUGUCCUACCAAAGGCCAGUUUGGGGGACACAGGAGCCUACACUUGCAUUGUAAGGUCCCCACACAACAUAGCCAACAAGACAGUGUAUCUCCAGAUGAAAGCUCGGCCGUUCUUCCCAUAUCCUCUACGAAAUCAGCAUCUGGAUGAAGGGUCUAGUCUUACCUGGACUUGCUUUACACUGGCCAUGCCGAAACCCGUUUACACCUGGUUCAAGGAUGGACAACUCCUGAAGACAGAUUCGGUGGAUGGAAUAAAGGUUGUCAGGAAUACUCUGAAAAUAGAGAAAGUUGACUCUAAGAAACACAGUGGGAUGUACCAAUGUCAAGCUUCCAAUCAGUUUGGGGUGUCAAGGUCGUCAGCACAGCUUAGGGCUUUAUCCUUUGCGCCCACAUUCCUCAGAAAUCCAGUCGAAAUGUCCAAGCAAGGCGCCGUCGGAGGUAACAUUACUAUCUCCUGUAUACCGGAGGCGGCACCAAGGGCGACGAUCAAAUGGUUGAAGGGAGGCGUGGAGCUUGGUCACGUUAAGCCCAACGGAGAUCUUGAGCUGUCGUCUCUAACGAGAUCCGACGCUGGGGAGUACACGUGCGUGGCGACCAACCAGCUGGGGGAAGCCAAGUCGUCGUGUUGGUUGGACAUACAAGAUGAGAUCGUAUUCUCGGAAAAACCCGAUGACAUAGAAGUAGAACAGAACAGUACAACAGUACUUCCUUGUAAAGCCUCCUUUGAUAAAAGCAAAGUGGACGUGACGUAUGAGUGGCGAUUCUAUUCCCACGUCCUGGACUUUACAUCAAGCAGUGAUGACCGAGCACAUUAUGUCAUGCCUGAAGCGGAGUCGGGGAAACUGUACAUCAUAGCAGCUCAGCUGCGUCACGCUGGUCAGUAUACGUGCUUGGUCAAGUCUGCAUCUGGAUCUCUGUCGGACACUGCCUACGUCACUGUCAAAGCUCCUCCCGGAGAACCAGUGGGCGUUCACAUGAGGCAGAAAAACAGCACACUGUUACAAGACCAUGACAACGUCGCCAUCUGGUGGCAGGACGGAGAGGUCUAUGGCUAUCCCAUCACUAAGUACAGGCUACAGUCUCUGUCUAUAGAUGACAACGGCAAGUGGAAGACCUUAGAAGAAGAUGUUCCGGCUUUCUCUGUCACCACUGAGCAAUAUCCCAUCUUUAGAAAGUAUGACGUCAAAGGCGGCCUCUCUCCUGGUACCUCUUACAUGUUUAGAGUUGCAGCUGGCAAUGACCAGGCCGGAUAUGGGCCAGCUAGCUCAGAACCUAGCAAAUGGUACCACAUGAAUAAUGCAGCUCCGGUGUUUGCCCCCUCCAACGUAGGAGGGGGAGGAGGGAGUGUUGGCCUACUGAGGAUCACGUGGGAUCCCCUGCCUAGAAGUCAGUGGGGAGCGCCGGACAUCCGGUAUAUUGUGUAUUACAGACGCCAACAAGAAGAUAACAGUAACCGGAAAUGGGAAAUGUCGGAACAACUGAUGGUGUCAGAGUACCAUGCCACAGUAGGGAUUGAGUAUUACUACACACCCUACGAGGUCAAAGUGCAAGCCAUCAACAGCGUUGGACCUGGUCCUAACUCUACACUUACCAUAGUCUACUCGGCUGAGGACAUGCCAUCCAAUGUGAUACCAAUUUUUGAAACAUUUGAGGUUCUCAAUGGAACAGCCGCCAUAGUCUUUUGGAAGCCCAUUCCUAACACAAGGGAGGCAGCACGGGGUACAGUGUUUGCUUAUCAGGUGAAUUACUGGGAGGAGCCGACGACUCUAUGUCUCGGACAGAAUGAGAGAGAGGCUUUGUUUAACCGUUACUAUGGCAACGCAAGCAGUGGGCUUCUGAUAGGAAUGGAGCCGGAAGGGCAUUACUGCUUCAACUUUCAGUUCAUCAACCACGCAGGCAUGGGGCCCAAGACUGACAACUAUAACUUCAAUUUGAACUUGAGACCGCCUGCCUACUAUCCCGAGUAUGUGACUGUCAUGUCCCAUGGGAAUGACAGCGUCAGAAUCAUGUGGCGAGGUGUGACAGUGAAACUAGGCGAGGAGACCAGGCAAGGAUACAAGGCGAUGUGGUGGGACGCCAGGGAAGACAUCCGAUCAGCAAAAAUUUCAGUUUUUCCAGGCGCAACGCCAACUGGUGUGCUCCAUGGCGUGGAGCGGAAUAUCGUGUACAAGGUCAGGGUUCAAGGCUACGGCAUCGGAGGCGAUGGUAGAAAGAGUCCACCAGCUUACUUUACACUAGAAGGAUCUAUUUUAUUCAACCCAGAGACCGAAGAUAUCAUGAACUCUUCUCUGCCAUUAAAGUCAUCUGCAUUUUUGUUACUGUUGACAUCUGUCAUUUGUGCCAUAAGAUUCAUCUUAGUAAACUGACAUUUCUUAUUGUUUAUGUCUUGUCAUGAGCAAUAUUUUAAGUGACUUUUAAAAAGUCAAACUUUUUGUUGUACACUUUUGUUGCCUUGCUUGUUUUACCUAAAUAUGAAUUUCUUAAGAUUAUUUGGGUAGAAGUACAAUUUUUUUCUAGUUAAAAAUUGUUAAUACAUUCUCGAGUUUUGUACAUUAUAUGUGAAUGUAUUUAUCUAAAAUUCAUUUUAAGUACCUAUCCUGACUCAAAAUGAAAAGUUUAUUUGGCUUACUGAAAUCCAUAAGAUUCCUUAAAAAGAAAAGUAGCCAUUUCAAACCUCUCGGUCUAUGGGGGCUGAUGAUGAAAAACACAUGCAUUUCUAUGGCCAAAGUUUAACUAAAAAGUCAUUUGGCCAACUCAACGACCUAACGACACUUAAAAGCUGUGUGGACUCUGGGCCGCUCUGAAAUCCAGACACACAAUCCAGUCUUCACUGGGACUCGAACUCCAGAAAACUCAGUUCGGAGGCAGAGCGCUUAAUUAACCUCUUGCCCCCACACCCCGUAGUCAUUCCAAUACACACUUGUAUAAGACUAAGUUGUGUGUGUCAUGUUGUAGCGCUUAUGAUUUGAGAAAUUAAUGAACAGCAUGCCGAAACCAACAAUAUCAAGUGCAGUAACUCUUGUAGACACUCAGAAUGUCAGGAUGAGGGUGGACCUAUAUUUUUUGUCUCAUUACGUUUUGUACUUUGCCUAACUACAUUGUAGCAAUAAAUACUUAACGUGAACCCGAUUCAUUCUCAAACUUAACAUGUUCUGAAAGGCAUCAAUAUAUGCACAUCCUAUGGCACACCAUUUGUGGGCUGGAUUAUAUGGUAAUACCUGGGGGUCAUUUUCGAAACUCUGCCCAGCCCUGACGUUUGUAAAUAUUCACAAUAUCACGAACAUUGUACAAGGUAUGUGCUUGAUAUUGAACAAAACAUUUAUUACGUAAUUUAAGUCUUUUAAUUUCAAUCGUUUUUGUGAUGUUUGCGAAAUAUUUAGGUUCUCACCUACCCAUCAAUUUUAAUUUGAAUAUUGUAUAAUAUUGUUGUAUAUUUUAAUAUUUUGUGUUUAACUUUGAACGCAGUUGUGAUAAUCAUUAUAUCAUACUUUGUAUAUGCUACAUACAAUUCAUUUCAUAUUCUGAAUACUGAUUUAAAAAUUCCAUUUGUACCUAGGCAUUGGGUUCCAACACUGACUAAAUACUCAGUGGUGGAAGUUUAUUCUUUUGAACAAACUUAUUAUCGAUGUUUAACCUUUUACAUUGUCAUUAUGUUACAUAUCAAAAUAAAUAUGAUAUUUUAAUUCA